UUCACGUGGUAGCGCGUCUCCUCUCCCUGGUUCAUGUAGUAGCGCAGGUCCCAGGCGUUGAUGGGGCCGUCCAAGUGCAGGCCCCGCCUCUGGCACUCGGCCUUCUUUAGCUCCAGGAUCACGGCCGCUCCUGCUCCCCGAGGGGCUUCAGCUUCUGGGCCAGCUCACCUGCGGGCGGAGGGGAGAGGCUCGGCUACGUCCCUGGGGCGGCCCCCCAGCCACCCCCGACCCCGCGCCCCUCGAGGCAGAAUGAAGGGUCUGGGAAGGUGACCCCCAAGGGCUGACACAGUGGGGUCUCAGGCAGCACCACGUCCGGUCAAGGUCCGCCUGACCCCGUCCCCACUGGGACUCAGGGGGAGGCGGUGUUACCUAGGACAGUGGCCACCACCUGGCUGGUCUUGUCCAUGUUCAUCUCCAGCACGGAGUCGGCAUGCGUGCGGAACCCCAGCAGGCGGGACUUCAGGGCCUGCAGCCUCACCAGCUCCCUGAGGAUCACGCAGUUCUCCUGGAACCCAGAGAUGGAAGGCGCUGGGGACCGAGGGCCACGGCCUCCCCGCGGGCCCCGGGCCAGGUCCUUUUGGAACCAGAAACGGCAUGAACGUGAUGGCUCUAAGGCCAAGGGCAGGAAGAAAUGCGGCCAGUCUUUCCAGGAGCCACCAAGGGGCCUCCCCGGGCUCAACAAGACAAACACGGCUGCCGUGCAGACAGUGGCUCAACCCCACGGCGCCCGAACACCCAGCCCCUGGACGGUGAGACAGCUGUUGCUGCAGGUGGCCCGUGGCUCACUGAUGAGGCCCGGCCCCAGGCGUACGCCACCUUCUCUGGGGCCACCUCUCCGGUCUGCAGUGGGGUUCUCCUGGGAGCCCCCAGUCACCACAGGACCAGCGUGGCCUGUCUGUAGCCCAAGAAGGUGGGGACACAAGACUGUCCCCCGUGCCCCCCGCAUCACCCACGAGGCCGAGCGAGCACCAGUGGUGUCUGCGGGUAAGAUGAAGGGCUCACGCACAGCCCCCAUCUACAGAAGCACAGACUGCAGCCACCUGCGCUAUGGAACAAACACAAGUGUCCGUGCAGGACCCGAUGUCUGACUGUCAAGGCCAUGCCCGGGCCACAGUGAGAAGGUGCAUCCCCCAUGCAAGCCACAGAGAGGGGAUGGGGGGGCCAUCUGCGAUUCUGAGCUCAUCGGGCAUCACCCCAGAGGGAGAGGGAGAGGGAGAGAGGUAGACAGAAGUACAGAGGGAGAGAAAGAGAGAGGGAGGGAGAGACGUCUCUCCCUUCCCUGGGGGUUCUCUAGUGCAGCCAAGGCUGAAAACUACUGCAUUUUGGGAGAUGGGUCCUCGUGGAAGAGUUAAAUAGUAGCUCAUGGCAUUAUCCACACAUACUAAAAAGGCCCCAAAUCUUGGGGAGUCAGGGAGGGGAGUGUCGGCUGCGUCGUAAACGAGGAGAGAUUGGGCAUCAGGGGAGGUGCCUGUGCAGCCUGCGCCCAGGGCCCCGCAGACUUCAUCUCCCAGCGGUGGUCCUGGGCUGGAAGUCAGCGGGGAGGUCAGGCUGUCCAAGCAUCAACGUUGACUUCAGGGCUGAUCUAAAAGGCGCCUGGUGUUUGUUGAAGCAGAGAAAAGAGAAAGCAGUAGGGAGAGGAUGGGAGGGGGAGGGGGAGGGAGCCCCCCUCCUCAGCACUUCUACCGCUCUCCCUCUCUCUCUCCCUUUCUCCCUCUCUCCCUCUACCUCGCUGCCUCUCCCUCUCCCUCCAGCUCUCCCCCUGCCUCUCUCCCUCCCUCUCUCCCUGUCCCUCUUUCCCUGUCCCUCUCUCUCUCUCCCUCUUUCCCUCCCCCUCUCCCUCUCCCCCUUUCCCUCUCCCUCUCCCCUUCUCCCUCUCUCCCUUCCUCUCUUCCUGUCCCUGCUUCCCUGUUCCGCACGCUCUGGCUCUACCUCUUUCCCUCUCCCUCUCCCUCCACCUCCUUCCCUCUCUGGAGAGGGAAGGAGGUGGAGGGAGAGGGAGAGAGAGAUGGAGAGGGAGGGGGGAGAGGGAGAGAGAGAUGGAGAGGGAGGGGGGAGAGGGA